UCUAAGCUUUGUAAUUAUAAAUGUUACAUUUUUUUUUUGGUUGUUAGAUUUGAAAAAGGAAAUUAAAUAUGGGGAAUAUUAUUCUUGGAAGAAAAAAGAGUACUAAGGUUAUGAAAAUUGAUGGACAGACGAUGAAAUUCAAAACUCCAGUUUAUGCAAACGAGGUUUUGAAAAAUUAUCCAUCGAUGGUAUUAUUAGAAUCGGAAGAAGUAAAGCAUUUCGGGGUUCGAGCAAAGCCAUUAGAGCCCCAACAAGAGCUAAAGCCCAAAAGGCUUUAUUUUCUAGUUGAAUUACCCAAAUUACCCGAAGAGAACAAAAAAAGCCCGCUUAGGGCCCGUUCGGCGAUCCAAAUGAGCGCGAAGGAACGGCUCGAGACACUAAUGCUAGCAAGGAGAUCCGCGUCCGACUUGUCAAUCAUGAAGCCUACUAGUAUGAUGAUGAGUACUCACGAGUACUCAUCUAGUCAUACUAAUAACUCUACUUCAGGUACACUCAAUAGUGGUGGGCCGCCUCAAGCCCACCCUACGAGACUGAAGCUGAGGUUACCGAAAACGGAAUUGGAGAAAUUGAUGAUGGAGAGCAAAGAUGAGAAUGAGGUUGCUGAGAAAAUUAUGAGACGUUGCAUGAAUAACAACAAUGGUGGAAGUGGUCCUUUGAUAGAACAACAAAGUCAUAAUAAUGGAGGAAUAGUUAAGAAAGGAGUCAAAUCACGAGAGAAACGUGUAGGGUUCUUGCCAAUAACAGAAGGGGAGAUUCAAUUAGCAGUGGAAGCUUCUUAAUUAUUUAACAAAAAUGGUAAUUAGAAAAAAAAUCAUUAUAUAGCUUUUCUAUAGUGUAUACCAAAGUUUUUAGCUACUUAUUAGUACUAAAAUUAUGUAUUGUUGGCAAAAUUUUCACUAUAUACUUAUUAGUACUAAUAAUGUAUCUGGUAAAAGUUACUCAUGCUCAUUUUGUCUCCUUCAUUCCGCCUGUUUCGCUUAUUG